CUCUCUCUGUUUUUUUGCGGUCACUGCGACAUUGGCCCUUCUGCCUGCCAUUUUCUUAUGUGGAUUUGGAUUUGUGUUUCUUGAUUUCCUUGACGAGUCAACCGCCGCCAUGUCGUUGAAGCGGGCUUUGGUCGGAUGCAAGCGUGUCAUUGAUUAUGCCGUCAAGAUUCGCGUCAAGCCGGACAAGAGCGGCGUUGUCACCGAGGGUGUUAAGCACAGCAUGAACCCUUUUGAUGAACUGGCGGUCGAGGAGGCUGUGCGCAUGAAGGAGGGCAAGAAGCUGGAUGAGGUCGUUGUUGUGUCCUGCGGUCCCAAGGGUGCACAGGAUGUGCUCAAGACGGCCUUGGCCAUGGGCGCCGACCGUGCCAUCCACGUUUCGUAUGAUCAGGUCGAUAAGCUCGAGCCCCUUGGCGUUGCCAAGAUCUUCGCCAAGCUCGUUCAGGAAGAAACCCCCGACCUUGUCCUCCUCGGCAAGCAGGCCAUUGAUGAUGAUGCCAACCAAACAGCCCAGAUGCUCUCGGGCUUGCUCGACUGGUCUCAGGCAACUUUUGCAUACAAGAUUGACUUGGCCGAUGAUGGCAAGCAACUGACCGUUGUUCGUGAAAUUGAUGGUGGCCUCGAGACUAUUGACGUCAAGCUCCCGUCCGUUGUGUCGACCGAUUUGCGCCUGAACGAGCCUCGCUAUGCGACACUGCCCAACAUUAUGAAGGCCAAGAAGAAGCCCAUGAAGACGACGACCCCCGAAGAGCUGGGUGUGGAUGUGAGCCCCCGUCUCGAGCUGCUCUCGGUUGCCGAACCCCCUGCGCGCAGCGCUGGUAUCAAGGUUGAGUCAGUGGAUGAGCUCAUUGACAAGCUCAAGAACGAGGCCAAGGUUCUCUAAAUUUCUCGGGGCCCGCCCUUCUGCUCUAAAACUCACCACUCCCGUCAUGUGUACAAGACUCUGCCACCCGCUUACGUUUGCAACCAAUUUACCACCCUGAAAAACUG